AUUGUUUUACCAACACUUGUUGCAGUCAUCCUCUAAGCCAUCCACUAGAACUGGAAGAAAAUAAUGCCAUCGGUGUUCGGAGAGCAGCACAGAGACGAAUGAAAGCGGAGUUAGGAAUUCCCAUGGAGCAGGUAACUCCAGAAGAAAUCUCCUAUCUGACACGAAUUCACUACAAGGCCAAGUCUGAUGGGAUCUGGGGUGAACAUGAGAUAGACUAUAUCUUAUUUCUACAGAAGGACGUAACGCUGAAUCCUGACCCUAAUGAGAUCCAAAGCUACUGCUAUGUGACACAGAAAGAACUGAAACAGCUCUUGGACAAAGCUUCCAAGAAUGAAGUUAAGAUUACUCCGUGGUUUAAACUAAUUGCAGAGACCUUUCUUUUUAAGUGGUGGGAUAACUUGCAUAACUUGAACAAAUUCGUUGAUCAUGAAAAAAUACACCGGAUGUAAAUAGCUGGGGUAAAAGAUGCUGAAGGCUAGCAAUGAUGUGCUGUCUCAUUUACACUGUGGUAACUCAUGGCUCCUGAGUGCAGAGCAUUGGUCACCUGGAGCCUGUUAAACAACUUUAUACAGA